CCUUGUUCCUGGCUCGGAUGUCCCUAUUGUGGCCGAGCAGAAGGAAGAAGCUGCUGACGUUUCUCUCGAAAGGGAGAAAAGUCCGGAUAAGGAGAUGGUGGAUCUCACCGAAGCUCACGUAGAGGUUCCCGAAGCUGAGAAGGAGGAACCCGAGCAGGGUCUGACGAGGAAGAGGCGUCAUUCGACCUUGGGCUCCACUUCGACCUCGGCCCUGGAUAGACUGAUCCACGCUGACCCUUGCUCGGAUGUUCCGCUGAAACGGAUCCCCGAGGAGGUAAGGGAGGCGAUGGCUCGCUAUGCCAGAGCUCCGGUUUUGGGGGAGAACCCCAUGGCUCACGUGGGAUCUUUGGUGGGUCCCGAAGCUGCACGGGAGAAUCUUCUUCGGGCCAACCCGCAGUGGAGGGUUCCUGGAGCUGAGGAGAGGAACCCAGCUAUGAUGGCCCAAUAUUAUCUGAAUGAGGCUGUUUUCUGGUCCUCGUUCGCUUCCGAGUGUAGCUCGGUUGAGGAAAGGCAGCUGAGGAGGUAUCAGGAGGCUUAUGCUCGUGAUAUCCCUGUCUUGGACCAGAAGGCUGGGCAGCUCAUGGCCGAGAUGGUGGACCUCAAGCAACUGUACCUUCAGUACAGUCGUGAGGCUAGGGAAGCGGCGGAACAGAUCGGGGCCGAAGUUGGGAAGCUCACUUUCCAAGUUGAAGAGGAUGCUGAAAAGAUAGCUUCCUUCGACAGGGAGAGGAGAGAAAUGGCUGCCAAGUUUGCGAGCGAACUUGAAGAAAAAGACAGUCUUCUCAAGGAGAUGACGUCUAAAUUUGAGGCGGCCAUUAAGCAGAGCCAGGAAGCGGAGGCGAGGCUUCAGCAGUUUAUCAAGCACCGGGAGAUUGUUCAGAAUCAAGCUGACAAGGUGCCCGUUCUCCAGCUGAAGAUCCGAGAGAAAGAUGCUGCCAUUCGGAAGUUGGAGCAAGAGAGAGUUGACCUCUACACUGCUGAUCAGUGUAGAGAGCAAUACUGGAAUGGCAUCCUGGGUGCUCGGCGGAUGUUCGCGAAGCAUAUGCCUCAUUUCCCUUGGAAUGAGAAGGUUCCGCUCUGGAUGAGGGCCCAGGAUCACUUGGUGGAGUGCCAGGCCGAUCGAGACGAAGCUGAAGCUGAACGCCAAGCUGCUCUUGCAGAGGCUCGGGCCCAGAAGGCGGCUUCCGAAGGUGAUACUACUGCUGGGGGUUCUUCGAAGGAUGCUCCUCUGGGGGAUGCUCCUGAGACUCCCAAGAGCUAGGGAUUCGGGCAGUCGUCUUCUUCAGAGUCGGUCGGUUCCAGUUGAGGACUUCCGAACAUGUGCUUGCCUUUCCCCCUUUUGCCUCGGCGCUGCGUUGUACUUAUUUCUUUUUUGUUUUCUUUAGUACUUCGGUAGGCCGGUAUUGUCUGUUGAUGGCUGCCGAUUUUAACUUGUUUCAUUUUGUUUUCAAUUUUUGAGGUUUUUCGAUGUAUUUGUACUUCCCCCAAAUAUUGAAUAAAAAAUGAAUGUUUGUUACUUGGCUGCUUCUUUUCAACUUGUUCUUUCGCAAUUUUUAGGUCUUUAAAUCCGUAGAUUUCUCGAGCUCCUCUUUCUGUAGACUUGCUA